AUCUGUGUGCCACGGGGUAUUGUGGCGAAGCUAACUGCAUUAAAGAUGAUCGUGGCUAUACGCAGUGCGUGUGCAAGGAUGGUUUUGUAUUCGACGACCACAACAAGAUGUGUGUGGACCCGUGUGUCGGCGUGGAGUGUGGACCAGAGGCGUCCUGCGUUGCUCUAGGUGACAUUCGCUCCUAUCGGUGCGUUUGCAACAAGAAAGGUCAUGGGCUCCUCGAAGACAUGACGUGCUAUGCCCCUGUGGUGCGGACAUCGAUAAUAAAUCUAUGGGGCACUGAUCAAUUGGGUGGCCGGUCGGACGCCAACUUCUUUUCACAGCAGCGUCCAAAGCAGGGCUCCAUCGUGUGCACGGGCAUGUGGAUCUCCGAUGGCGACAGGAUCACCGUCGUGUGGAAUGCCACCGCCCGGCAUACGUACGUGUGGACCGCAGGCUACAGCAGGGACGACAACUACGGGCCUGGCAAUGCCAUGUGCAAAAGGUUGUUGUUUUACAGCGGCGACGACUGCACGGGGAAGCUGGGCUUCACAUUCGGACGUCCUGCGAAGAAGGGCAGCAGUUCCUUCCCAACCACGAAAAAGACUAUGAAAGGAAUCGCUGAAGUGAGAUCAGUUGGAUGCGAGAUCACCAUGUGUGAGAAUGAUUGUGGAAGUGCACAGUGCGUUGUGAAGGAGGGCCAGCCGCAGUGCCAGUGCCCCGAGGGCCUCGUGUUCAACGCCGCUAAGAAGCUCUGCCUCGACCCGUCCCUUGCUCCUCGUCGUAGGGGCUGGUGGGCAAGCCAAGAAAGGGUCACCCUAGUUGGAUGGGCAGGGGGCAAGGAGGCGCAGCUGGCUGGCAGCGCCAGAGGGACGUCGGAGCGGCGGGGGAUGAUGGAGCAGCCCCCGCCGCGGUUGCUCGGAGGAGAGAAACCAAUUUGGCUGCCGGUUGGAUGCCGUUUACGUCGUGUGUGGUAG